GUUAGAUCGGAAGUUAGCUUUGGGUUGUUUUGGGGGCGACAAGAAAAUGAAAAUGAUUGUAAAACACAUCCAUGUAAAACUUGAAUUGAGGAGUCGCUAGUCCUGCAGUGGAUAGCAGCAUUAAAGGCUGAUGGUCCUACAAUCCAUUGCCAUGGAAGCAAGGCCUAAAAUGUUGGGAGGCCGAGAGCGUCCAGCUUACAAACAUCCACAGCACAGCUGUAAGGCUUUUGAAACGCUGAAUAUGAUGAGGAAGCACAACCUGCUGUGUGACGUGACCCUUGUGGUGGACGAUACCGAGAUCCCCGCCCACAGGGCUGUGCUCUCUGCCUGUAGUCAGUAUUUCUACGCCAUGUUCACUGGGGAGAUGACGGAGGCUAAAGCUGACCGAAUCACCCUCCAGGAGAUAGAGUCUAAUGCUCUAGUACAGCUGAUAGACUUCGUUUACACAUCAGAAAUACGUGUCACAGAGGAUAAUGUACAGAUGCUACUCCCAGCGGCCAACUUGUUACAGCUUACAGAAGUGCGUGAUGCCUGCUGUGAUUUCCUACAGUCUCAGCUGCACCCGUCUAAUUGCCUUGGUAUCCGGGCCUUUGCUGACCUUCAUGCCUGUACAGAGCUGCUCUCUUACUCCCAGACCUAUACAGAACAACAUUUCAGUGAGGUGGUACAUUAUGAUGAGUUUCUCUCCUUGCCUGCCCUUCAUGUGUGUAAACUCAUCUCCAGUGAUAGGUUGACCGUAACCUCAGAGGAGCAGGUGUUUGAGGCUGUGAUUACCUGGUUACAACACGACCUGCCCAAUAGGGGGGAGAAUGUUGCCCAGCUGGUGGAGCAUGUGCGCUUACCUCUGAUGCCGCAGGAGUAUUUAGUACAGAGAGUAGAGGCAGAGCCCCUGAUCAAAGAAAACAGUAACUGUAAGGACUACCUGAUAGAGGCCAUGAAGUACCACCUGCUCAAACCUGAACAGAAGAUGGUGUACAAGACGCCUAGGACAAACCCGAGGACACCAAUAGGCCUUCCAAAGGUGAUGCUGGUGAUAGGAGGUCAGGCUCCGAAGGCUAUACGUAGUGUUGAGUGCUACGACUUCAAGGAGGAGAAGUGGUAUCAGCUGGCAGAAAUGCCAUCACGAAGGUGUCGCUGUGGUGUAGCCAUGGUGAACAGUAUGGUGUAUGCUGUGGGAGGCUUUAAUGGCUCAUUGAGGGUGAGGACAGUGGACAUGUACGACCCUCUCAAGGACAGCUGGACAAACUGCCCCAGCAUGGAAGCUAGGCGCAGCACUCUGGGUGUGGCUGUGCUAAAUGGGCUGAUCUAUGCCGUGGGAGGAUUUGAUGGAUCAUCAGGUCUGGACAGUGCAGAAUAUUUCGACAUCAAGAAUGGAGAAUGGCGGAUGAUAGCGUCCAUGAGCACUCGUCGUAGCAGUGUUGGUGUUGGAGUGGUGGGAGGUCUGCUGUAUGCAGUCGGGGGGUAUGAUGGUGCCUCACGUCAGUGCCUCAGCUCUGUGGAGUGUUAUAACCCUGUGACUGACAUGUGGACACCUGUGGCAGAGAUGACAUGCCGGAGGAGUGGUGCAGGUGUUGGGGUGAUUGACGGGUUGCUGUACGCAGUGGGAGGGCAUGAUGGACCCUUGGUGAGGAAGAGUGUGGAGCUUUAUAACCCAGAAACAAACUGUUGGUCACAGGUGGCAGAGAUGCACCUGUGUAGACGGAAUGCAGGUGUCCUCUCUAAUGGUGGCCUGUUGUAUGUGGUAGGCGGAGAUGAUGGCUCUUCAAACCUGGGUUCAUUCGAGUGCUAUGACCCCAAAAGUAAUGUAUGGAACAUGUUACCUUCGAGCAUGAUGACGGGGCGAAGCUAUGCUGGCGUAGCUGUGAUUGACAAGCCCAUGCUCUGACAGUGACAGUGAUAAUUUAUUGGGCAAAUGCCUAAAACUGUACUAUUUAUUCAGAUUGUCAGUGUGUGAACCUGUGCAGCACGAGGGUGAUAUAAAUGUGUUAAAUGUGUAAAAUAUGUGACUUUGGUGAUAGUGCUUUGUUUACAACUGCUUUUGUGAUCUUAAGAACGUGCUUAGAGCUCAAUUCGAUUAGGAAUUGGUGGUAUUCAUCCGCAUCAUUCAGAUAAUGUAGAAGAGGUCAACAGAUGAAGCAUCAGUAUUUGUGGCAUGCACACAGUCAUUUUGUUUAUUUUUUUGCUUGUUUCGGAAAUGGCAUUUAAUAGAAUAUUGUACCAGUUAACACCCGACGUAUUCGUUCUUGGCUCUCAUUAGGUGAUCAGCUAUUAAGAACAUUGUUAUUACCUGUAGCAAGCUUUGAAGUGAUGAACAGAAAUCAGCAAACCUGGUUCACAUUUGUCAAAUUCAGUGCUAUAGUCUUUGGUCAUUUUAGCAAACAUCCAGACCUUAUGCAGAAAAGCAUGUACAUAUAAAGGCUGUUAAGUGCUCAAUAUGGGAAAGUUGAUGUCUUACAGCUAAAAGGUAGGUAUAUAAAAAGAUAAAAAUACUAAUUGAAAAGGUUGUACAUCUCAGAGAGGAUUAUUGAAGUUCUGAGGAAUAACUAAAAACUAGAGCAUUUCACCUGUAGAGGUAACAGGUGAAAGCAGGAUAUUCUCUCAUAUGUUGGAUCAGGUGAAGUUUUUGUCUGACCUGUUUCAAGGUAAGUACUUGUACUGCACACAUCGUUUCAUACUGCGUAUGGGAUGGAGAUGGUUUUAAUCUUUAUACAAUUUUAAUCCAUUUUAAUUGAGAUGGAUAGUAUUACUUUCAUCGGAUUAACCUUGUCAUACCUUGUAGGUUAAGUGAUAAUUGCUUUGAUAUUGAUGAUGUGAUUAAGCCCAUUAGCAAAGCAGUCAGUGAUAGGUCACUAAUAUUGUAUACAUGUACAUACCAAAAAUUGACAAUUCCAAUCCCUGAGAUACUCAGCGCAAAUUCAUAUAACACAUUAGUGUUACAAAAACGUUUCUUUUUAGCUAAAUGAUUGUUAUUUCAUUUUUUUAUGAAAAUCUUGAGACACAAGUAUUAUUUUGACUGAAGCAAAUCAGUUCAUGUCUGAACAUUUCAUUUUUCACUGAAAUAAUAUUGUGUUGAAUGAGUGAAGUGCUGUUUACACAUUGGUCUAAGAUUUGAAUGAACUAACCUGGUAGCAGUGUUAAAAUGCUGAAUGUAUAAAUGGCUGGUAAACAUUGUAAUGUUAAUUAAGUGUAUGAAUGUAAAAUUUCAUUUAAAACUCGGAGAGUGCAAACCUCGAAACCCAUCUGAGUGUUUAAAUGCCACUACCCUAAUUUCUCUAAAAUUUGGGACAGAUAUUAGUAGUGUUGAAAGUAGAAUAUUACAUUUCUUUACCAGUCGUUUGGAAAAGUAAAGAUAUGAGUAUGUUGUUCAUUAGAUGGUCUAACCAAAUGAGAAAAAAGAAACUCAAUAUUCCUGCCAGAAUUAUAUAUAUUGGCUAAAGUCAGCAGACCAGGUGUUGCAAAUUUUAGAAGAAAUAGGGUGUAUAGACAAAGGGAGAGAACUCUUCAUUUCUGUAAUGUUUGCCAACGAAUAAUGCGUUACACAUUGGUGGAGAUCUGCGACACCAUCAAAAUGUUUGGGAUAUCCUUAGUGUAAUAGCAUCAUGCAGAAGAUUUUAUGCAAGUCCCUGCAUUACUUGUAUCUUAAAGUUGCUGAUGGACAGAAUAACAGACAUAUGUGGAAAUAAAUGUUGAUAAAACAUAACCUACUUGUAUUAGGGAGUUAGUGCUUGUAGGAUUUUGGCUGGUUACAGUUUAACUUGUGUGUCGUGUCUUAAAACGCCUUUCAUGUAAAGAAAUAAGAUAAACAUUGUAGCUUGGUACAUGUGUACGUGUGCCAUAUAGCACAUUGAGAAUGAGCAGUGAAUGGUUAUGGCUUUAGAUCACCUGUCAGCAUUUUAUCCAUGUUGUGGUGAUAAUGAAAAGAGAAAGCUUCGUGCAGUAAAUGGGUGGGAAGUAUUCUGUAAGGUUCAUUGUCUUUUCUCCUGGCAAAACAACUUUUUAGUCUACAUGAUUGUAUUUUACCCCUUUCUCUGAUAGGGCGUUGAAUAUUUUGAUCAAAUUUUAUUGUACAGUGUAUGGGGAAUAAUGUGUCUUUAAAUUGCAGAUGUGUGUGUCCAGUUGCACAUGGUGGUAUAAAUUUUAUAAUGUAGAAAUUAGGCAUGCUAUGGAGUGUCUUUAUGGUUGAAACCUGACAGUGUCUAUGAUGUAUUGAUAAUCAAUCACAUGAUCAUGACACACAAACUAGUAAUUUGCUGAUUCGGCAAGAAUGUGAAACUUCACGUUAUUUACGAAGAGAUGAAUUUUCAGAAUGUCUCAUGCAAUGUGUUUAUUACAUCUCCAGCAUUUCUCUGUCACGUCAGGUGUAGUGUAUUUGCUGUCAACUGUGACCAGUUAAUUACCUGCUGUGGGGUGAUUGUAACUGUUUCUGGUGAUUUAAAAUUCUUGUUCCUCCACGGUGUUAAGUUGUGCACAUGUGCGAGGCUUGUAGCCUCAGAAUUCAAUGUUAGUCUCACCUGUGUGUGUGACAGCUUCAAGUGUUUUGAUGUAUUAAGCAGUGCAAGUGUUUGCCCUGUUGACUGGUCAUUUUGUCAUGAGUGAAUACAGUCUUCAGAAUUCCUGCAUUCUCUCUGUUUUGUACUUACAAAGUGCACAGAUGGUCAUUUUGAGAUUUUAUUUUGCUCAUGGAGUAAUGUUGUAUGCGGGACCAUUCUCAUACACUAGCAGUUGUGUGGCCACUGAGAGUGUAGUAGGUAUAGAAGAAGCAUAUGCAUAAAUCAAAACCUAAACCAUAAUGUACAAAGUAUGGGAAGACUGGGGUAUUUCUGGACCUUUCUGUGUGUGUAUUUUAAUAAGGACCCAGCCAGGCAGUGAGGGUAUAGGUUAUAUAUAGUACUUGUAUAUAUAGGGUAAGGGAGGUAGGUUGAUGGCCAUGAUGAUGUCUAAUAUAAAAUGUCUUUAGUGGCUUAGUGAUAGGUAAAAGAAGCCCAUGUGUUAUAGUUUGAACCUGUGUUACUGCUUAUAGUUGAUCACCUCAGACUUGUAUCUUUGUUUUUAUCAGUGUAUUUGAGCUGUGUUACUGAUACAUUCAACAAAUAUUUAUUAACUUAUGUGUUUCCUUAUUGAAAUAAAUGACUUGAGUGCCAAGCACUGGGCGUGAGAAAAAUGUCUAAUCAAAUUUUAA